CUGUAUAAAUCUGUCUUCAAAGAUGAAUGAUUCCUGUAUAACUUUUCCCUUAAAGAAUGGUUGGUUGUAGUUUCGACAUUGAACUUGUGGUUCUUUUUAGAAUGACACCAAUAAAUCCUACUGUCAGCCAUUACGAGCAGUGUGUUAAUGGUCGUUUGAACAUGCAGGCACUUUGGGGUCCUAUUGCUGUGUUUCGAAGUGACGAAGAACAAAAUUGGUCGUUAUGCCUAGGACAGCGUGGCCAUACUGUUUGGCUUGCGAGUUUCUAGUGGUGAUUAUCGCCGCCUCGGGAAAUGUUCGAGCAAACCUACCAACGUUUGACGAAGAUUCCAGAAUGAGAAUUUUAUUGCUACCUUUUUCCACCCUUCCUGGCUCGACAAUUUAUCGUGUUCGAGCGUCAGAUCCAGAUUUCGAUCAUCCACUUGAAUUCAGUUCCUCAAGUUUAAAACAUCCGAAUUUGGUGUCACUCGAAAUACUACCGUGUGGAAAGCAACAUUCGGUUUGUGAGGCAAACGUAAUCCUGGAAGAAACAGUACAACUGGGUAAGAUCUAUGAACUAAGUCUGUCGGUUCGGGACACUUCGGGCGGAGUCACAACUGUCUUUUGUACCAUACAAGUCACCAAUGCAUCGACCUCAUUAAGCGACUCUUUCCAGCAUUUGAAUCAGUACCUUACAGUACCAGAGAAUUCCGCGAAAGAUUCAGUCGUUGACUAUUUUAUUGCGUGGAAAAACCCAAACAAUAUCCGUGGCAUACGAGCGGAACUACGGAAGACCAAACAGUCGCGGAAUUUCCGUCUGUCAGAUAAGUUGGCUGGAACCAACAGGACCAACUGUUCCAUUAUUCUAGAACAGCCUUUAGAUUUCGAGAUUCAGACUGUUCAUGUUCUUCGAAUUCUAGCAGUGAACGCGUAUGUGGACAACCAGAUGGACACGCGUAACGUAGUGGAAGUAUUGAUCUACGUCUUCGUUAUAGACGUUCAAGACACUCCACCCUUUUUCGUAAAGGCUCCACCUAUUACAGCUGUAUCCGACAAGCUUGAAAUUGGUCAAGUCGUUCUAAGAGUCAAAGCCGAAGAUGGGGAUAAAGGAAGCCCUCGCGAUAUUAAUUAUGUUAUCAUGGUGGAUAACAAUCCUUUUGCCCCUUUCUUUUUUAUGGAACCACAAACAGGCGAAUUGAAAGUAAGAAAAAAACUCGUUCCCCUCAAUCAAAUGGUGCGCUCCAAGGCGCCUUUCCUGCUAACCGUGAUGGCUGAAGAGAUGGGUAGUUUAAUCAACGAGAGCAAUACGACCACUACAGUCGACAUAGCUCUAAUGAUCGAAGACGAAACCAACGACCCUCCUGAAUUCAACCAAGAUCGAUUUGUAGCUCAUUUGAUGGAAAACUCGCCCGUAGGGACGGCCCUGUAUUUCGGCGAUGGGCAGAACCCUCUUGUAACCGACAACGAUCAGGGCCACAAUGGAAUCUUUUCCUUAUCACUUAUCGGUGAUAACUCAACAUUCGAAAUAUCACCUUCUGUAGCAGAAAACGCCGCUACAUUUACGAUUCGCGUCAAGAAUCCCGCUCUACUUGAUUUUGAACGAACACAGCAGCUCCGUUUUAAGGUAGUGGCUGAAGAAGUCCAGCAUGGGAGUAACAAAGUUAGCACGGUAGACGUGAUUGUUUACAUAACCGAUGACAAUGACCACAUCCCCGUCUUUGAAAAGGACACGUACAUAGCCGAAAUACCAGAACAUUCCUCGCCCGGAACAGUAGUCAUCCAAGUCAGAGCCACCGAUUCCGACUCCGGUCGAUACGGAACGGUUCGCUACACGCAACUGCACGGCAUCUUUUCAAAGGCCCUUGUCCUAGACCCCGUUUCCGGCUUAAUAACAGUCGGCUCUGGCGUCAUGCUGGACCGUGAAACGUCACCAGAAAUUACAGUGACGGUGGAAGCAAGGGACAUGGAAGGAACUGGCCGUUCAGCCACAGUGCCGGUUAUUAUCCGUCUUCUAGACAUUAACGAUAACGCACCCCAAUUCAUUGGCCUGCCCUACGAAACUAACUUAACGCCAGAUUUGAGCCGAUUAACUUCCAAAGUUGUUGUCCAGGCAAUCGAUAACGAUACAAGUCCAACUAACGGAGCGGUUCGUUACGAAAUCGUUAGAGGCAACUUUGAAUCCAAGUUUAAAAUUAGCGAAAUGUCAGGCGAAGUGACGUUGAUGGCGCCUCUGACAUCGACUAACUUGCCAUCUUUAAUUCAGCUUCAAGUCCGAGCCUAUGAUUUGGGUGUCCCUCAUUUGCAUGCAGAAACGGUCGUACAAAUUUAUACUCAGGAAGUCGUUGCACGCAGCAUUCACUUUCUGGUGCCAAAGCGAAUGGACUCACUACCGGAAAGAGAAGAAGACAUCAGAAAAAUGGAAAUGUUAUUAAGUUUGCUUACUGGCGCACCUACAACCAUCAACAACGUCCAGCCGUAUCUCGAUGAAAUUAUAGCACUCAGCAAAAGGAUUGACAGCCAGGACCCCAACAACCACAAGAGCCGGUUAGUUGCAACAGUCCGUUUCCCUCCACACGCCGCCAUCGUCGAUGUUCAACGUAUCAGAGACGCAUUAAUCUCGAACGAAUUCGAUUUAAACGGCGGAGUUUCCAUAGAACGGGAAUAUCGAUAUAAAAACAACGUGCUGUUAUGGCUCUUGAUUGCUUUUCUCCUGUUUUUUCUGGCAACAAUGAUCUUUUUAGCUAUAUGCUGUUGCUGUCCGGGCUGCUACUGUUAUAAUGACCGUAAAAAGAUUGGUCGUUUUGGCGGAGGCGUUCGGCCACUUAUGGUCGUUGACGGGAGAAGCGGCCAAACUUCAGACUUGACUACACCAGGCCGAAAGGAGGCUUGGAGUGGCGGUAAAAGAUUGACUCAAAUCCGGAGAACAACUCGAGAUCGGAUGGCGACUUUGCCGGAACCUGACUCUCACAGGCGUGCUUUCCGAAUUCAGAAUGCUAAUGGAGGAAUGCAACAUAUGUACUCCGAGGAAGCUGCUGGUUAUGAUCAGUCGCGGACUCGACAGUAUGCUGAAGAGCAUUCUGACAUGGAAUUCCUUGAAAUCCACCCGGAAGACUCAGCUAGUCACCACGGUGUUGGUGAAAAUGCAUUCUAUUAUCAGCGGAUGGGCAAUGCCGAUGUAAUGAAGCUGGACACAUCUAUGCCGCGCAACCGUCGCUUAUCGACUGAUACGCAAUGCAAAACAGUUAGGAGGAGCAACAGUGAGCCAAGACUGAACGAAUCAGAGAUCGAUCAAAUUGAUGUCAACAACUCAUCCAAAUCGAUGAUCAACUUCCCACAUCGUACAUGCAUGGAAGAGCAUAUGGCUCUUAAUUGGCGGGUUGCCACGGAACAGCAACAUCGUAAUAGUCUCAACAAGUAUGUCCAAAGUCCCAUACUGGAAGAAACGGAUAGCGCCCUCGAACGCGAAAUGCAAACCGGAUCAAGUUUCUACCUUCGACCAAAGGGUCUAUUCGAUUUCCAUCAUACUGGUGGAAGAAAUGUGGGCGGGCAACGACAGUUCCUUCCGCCAGAUGUGGAGAGAGGAGCUAGACAGGCAUGGCAUCAAACAGAUACAGUGAAUCCGGCCAUAAGGGAAGCCAGUAUGUCGGUCAAGCGACCUGAUAGUUUUUCAAAGGAAAUCAAAGAGCUGGAACGGGAAUUGCCUUAUUUCAAUAACCGGUCGAGCUUUCUGCGUCAUAAAUUGAAUUUAAAUAAGAAAAACAACAAAAAACAACCCAGGACGAAAUCGAGUAGCAGAAAUCCAAUCAUGGCGGAUGGUGACGAAACAGAAAGUGCAAGUAGCAACGAUCGCUCACAGCGCAAUUCUGGUCGUAAUACAGUCGUCAAUGCUGCUUCGGCAUCGUUAGCAAAAUCAAACAAAUUGUUAACCGAGGACGACCAUGAUUCUGGUAUUGUUCUCAACUCUCAACAGCAACUAGGCAAUGGAAGCAACCGGAGUCGUUUUCUCGAGAAGAAGUCUAUUUUCACCAUUGCAUAUGAUGAAGUUGCAACUACUAAAAUUCCAUCGGCUACCGAUAAUCUCCCUACCUAAGAUAUUUUAUGUAAAUCUGGUGUGUAUCAUGUAUUGUGAUUUGGUGAAUAUAAAAUAUUUUGAUCCA